AUGGAUGCAGCAAGCCAUGCUCUGUAUGCAGGUAUAACACACACUAAGGGAGGUGACAUUUCAGUACAGAUUUUCACUAACAAUGUGGAAGUAGCAAAAGAAUUAAUAAAUAAAGUUGGUGGAAAAGUAGGCCUCGGCAUAGGAGUGACACUUGGUGCUUUACUUGCCUAUAAAGUUUUCAAACCAUUAAUCGAAGACGCUGUUAGAAAUGGUUUUGGUGGUGAAAGAGAUGACCAAGAAGUUAAGGAUAUCAGGCAAGGAUCUCUACAAGUUCUACUGCAUUGUUUUACGGAUGAGAGAUUUUUGGAAGUUUUAGAAGAGAUUGAAUCUGGAACAAUGAAAGAACAUUUGCGCAAAGAAUUUUUUGACAUUGGUGUUGAAACAGAAGACCUAAUAGUGAAGAUUGAAAACAUACAAGAAGUGAACAAAACAAAGGAAGCUAUAAGCAAGAGGUAUAAAAGUAAUUGUGCUAUUUUGUCAAUCACUGGGUAUUAUACCUUCCGGCUUAUUCACUCAUAUCGUCUAAUAUAUUAG